GCUCUUCACCAACAGAUCCAUAAAGGAAACUCCUCAGCUGGGUGGAAGUAGUUGGGAAGAAGAGGUGAACAAAGUCAGCACAGCCUGUAGAGGUAUAGACAUCGCUGUCCACUGCCUUCUCUGUGUCAGACUUGACAAAAUGUCUUUCUUCUCAUCAUGGAUGAAAGCUAUUUUCGUCAUUGCUUUGCUGUUUCCCCUUUAUUCUGAAACUUCUUUUUUACCGUCAGCAGACUUGCAAAGAACACCGCCGGACUGUAACGUGUAUAAAGAUCGAUUACCUUUUUGCACCAGAGAAUGGAAUCCAAUCUGCGCAACCAACGGCCAAACUUAUCCCAAUCCAUGCGUUUUCUGCAGUCAAAAGUCAGAUUUUAGUGGAAAAUUUGAUUUUAGUCAUUAUGGUGAAUGCUAACUUUGCCAGAGCUACGCGUGCCUGUGUCUCCUAUUGCAAGCCUAUUUUGUGGUGGAUUCUGCAAGCAAUUGGAGUCUUCUCAGUCAGAGCUUUAAAUUCCCAGAUGACCAGAGAAAGCUUUCUAUGGCAUACAAGAUGGAAUACAGGAUGUUGAAGAAUUUUUCCAGUUCUAAGAGUUUGUGAUUGAAAGAUUUUUAUUCUCUAUAUUAAAUUAUCAAUGACAGUCGAAAAACUAUCUUAAUUGUAUUUGAUAAUAUAAAGCCUAAUGUAAUUUGCUAUCAUAAAUAUUUCAA